ACUAUAGAAAGGUGAAGGGUAUGGUGAUUUCAUUUUGGGUUUGGGCUGGGCUAGGUUGUGUUUCUGAUCGAUGAUGGCAAGCACUGUGCAACGUGCGGUGAGCCGCGGUGGUGCCCUACGCGCCACCUUGACCAGGCAGUUUUCCACCGACGCAUUGGUCGAGGCUAAACCAGGCGAGAUCGGAAUGGUUUCUGGAAUUCCUCAAGAACACCUUCAUAGGAGGGUUGUGAUUUACUCUCCUGCUAGAACUGCAUCUCAACAAGGAUCUGGGAAGGUUGGAAGAUGGAAGAUCAACUUCUUAUCAACCCAAAAAUGGGAAAAUCCACUGAUGGGCUGGACAUCCACUGGGGACCCAUAUGCUCAUGUUGGCGAUUCUGCCUUGAGUUUUGAUAGUGCAGAAGCAGCAAAGGCAUUUGCAGAGAAACAUGGUUGGGAGUAUGUGGUCAAGAAGCCCCACACACCAUUGCUGAAGGUUAAAUCAUAUGCAGACAACUUUAAGUGGAAGGGCCUACCCAAAGUUGACGGAGAGUGAUUUGCUGUCUGUAUUCUUGUUCAUGUGUUCUGUCUUCAGGAGUUUCAUGGUGAAGCAGUUUUUUCUGCAUCUUUUCUUGGAAAAAAGAAAGCUUAUAUGUGAACUCCUAAUUAAUAAUAAAUGAGACUAACUUUCCAUUACCUUAAUUUUUCUCUAUGAUGUAGAUAACUGUUCACCUGCAUCUAUUUAUGAUUAAUUGGGACCCUGUUGUCUUCCGCAACUGCUGCUGCCCCUGGGAACGAUAAAAUUGUACUAUGCUUAGAUUACACUUAAUGGCCUGCCUGAAUUUUAUUAUAAAAUGAAUCUAAAGGUGCAUGUUAAAUUUCUGUGA